GCACCAGCUCAUCGUUAGCGCCAAGAACGUCAAUAAGACAUCGUCAAUGAUCCCUUCAACCUUCAUCCAUCUCCCUUUUCUUUUUUUUUUUAUAAAUCUCCAUUUUCCAUAAAUUAAUUAAUUUAUUAAUUAACAAAUUAACGCCAUGACCAAACUUCGGCUCUUCUUCUUCCUCCUCCUCCUCCUCCUCCUCUUCAACCUCCCGCCGCCCACUUCCGCCGCCUCCGCCGCCGCCGAAACCCUCCUCCGAUUCAAAUCCUCUCUCACCAACGCCAUCGUGUUAUCCAACUGGAACUCCUCCAUCCCUCUCUGCUCCGGCGACCAGCGCUACUGGACCGGCCUCAUCUGCAGACACGGCCAACUGUACGGCCUCCGCCUCGAGAACAUGAGCCUCGGCGGCGCCAUCGACGCCGCCGCCUUAGCCGCCCUCCCGACGCUAAGGACUCUGAGCCUAAUGAACAAUGGGUUUCAAGGCCCAGUGCCCGAUGUGAAGCAAAUUGGAGCGCUUAGGGCUUUGUAUCUGUCGAAUAAUAAAUUUUCCGGUUCGAUUUCUGGAGAUGCGUUUGAAGGAAUGGGGAAUUUGAAGAAAUUGUAUUUGAGUCGGAAUGGAUUUUCCGGCGAGAUUCCGGCGUCGUUGGUGGAAUUGAAAGGGAUAAUGGAAUUGGGAUUGGAGGAGAAUUUGUUUGAAGGAAGAAUACCGGAUUUCGGGGAACGGGUUUGGAAGUAUUUGAAUUUUUCGGGGAAUCGUUUGGAAGGGCAGAUUCCUUCUGGAUUGAAAAAGGAUACUAAUUUCACUUCGUAUCUUGGCAACAACUUAUGUGGAGAGCCACUAGCACCAUGCAAAUCAUCCACAAAGAAAUGGUCCAUUCUCAUCGGAGUUCUCUCCGGCGCCGCCGCCUUAAUCCUCUGUCUCUCUCUCCUCCGCUGUUUUCUCCGACCAUCCAAAUCCUCCGCCGCCGUACACGACGACGCCAAAACCAAAACCAAAGCCAAAAUGUUCCUCUCUCCGAAAAUCCUUUUCAAAAGGCCGGAAAUGACCCACCAAUAUUCCUCGACCGACUCGGACGAUAACUCGAAUUUGAGCGGUCCGACCGGGUCGGCUCUCUGCUUUGUCAGAACCGACCGUCCCCGGUUCGACUUCCAGGAACUUCUUAGCGCGUCAGCUGAAGUUCUUGGCAGUGGGAGCUUUGGGAAGUCUUAUAAAGCGAUGCUUUCGAAUGGGUCGUCGGCGGUGGUGGUGAAGAGAUUCCGGCAAAUGAACGCCGCCGGAAAAGACGAAUUUUAUAGCCACAUGCGGCGGCUUGGACGGCUGUCGCAUCCUAAUUUACUGCCGCUUGUUGCGUUUUAUUAUGGGAAAGAUGAUAAGCUUUUGGUGUCUGACUUUGUUUCCAACGGCAGCUUGGCUAGUCACCUUCAUGGGAAAAGAGGAGAAGGAAAUGCAAGGCUAAAUUGGGGAAAGAGGCUAAAAAUAAUAAAAGGAGUAGCAAGAGGCCUUUUAUAUCUCCACAAAGAGCUCCCAAAUUUAAGCCUUCCACAUGGCCAUUUAAAAUCCUCCAAUGUUCUUCUCGACCAAAAUUUCACUCCAAUUUUAUCCGAUUAUGCCCUUUUCCCCCUCCUCCAAAAAUCCCACGCCCACCACCAUAUGGCCGCCUUCAAGUCGCCGGAAUUCUCCCCCGCCGCCCACCACGACCGUACCUCCAAAUCCACCGACGUCUGGAGCCUCGGAAUCUUAAUCCUCGAAACCCUCACCGGAAAAUUCCCCACCAACUAUCUCCGCCAGGGCAAGGGCGCCGACGACGAUCUCGCCGCCUGGGUCGAUGCCGUUGUCAGAGAAGAGUGGACGGCGGAGGUUUUUGACGGCGAUCUGGUCGGUGGUGGUGGCGGCGGCCGAACGGCGGAUGAAGAGGAUUGCGGUGAUUGGGAUUAUAAUGAAGAUAUGUUGAAGCUUUUGAAGAUUGGGAUGUGUUGCUGUGAGUGGGAGAUUGGGAAAAGGUGGGGAUUGAAACAAGCUGUUGAAAAAAUUGAGGAAUUGAAUUUCAAUGAUGAUGAUGAUGAUAUUGAAGAGUAUUAUUCUUCUUAUGGGAGUGAUUAUAAUGGGAGUUUCAAAUCUUAUUCUUCUCAUUUCAAGGGAAGAAGAACAACAGGAACUACUAAUGAGGAUGAAUCUUCCUUUUUGAGUUAGAUAAAUUGUUCGGAAGAUUGUUAUAAUGUGACUGACAUUUCUUUACGUAGGUGAGACUUUUGAAAACGGUCUUGUAUUAAUAACGGGUAAUAGGUAUAGGUGGAUUUUGAACUUAAGUCGUCAAAUUGUUACUAGAAUGUUAUAUGAUCAUGUGCUUUCUUCUUUUUAAUUUUUUUUUUUUUUAUAUAUGAUUUUUUUUUUUAAUUUGGGUAUGUAUUUUAAUUUAAUGGG